AUGGUGUCGUUCGCUUUCUUAAGCGGCCAUUUGCCGACGGCGGAGGAGGCCGAGAGCUUCGAGGCCCUGGAGCUCCACCAGGAGUUCGAGAAGAAGAACUCGUCCAAAUGGUACAACGACAAAGGAGCUGGUGUGUCAUGGAGCAGCUCCAUGGGCUGGAAGAUCUUGGGUGCCGAAGGUGCAAGGGGGUUAUAUGCACGGUUUAGGGCACCCAUUCUGUUUCAUCAUCUGGCAGGACAAAUCAUGUGGGUGCACCCCAACAAGAAGAGCUCCACCGUGCCGACGAGCGGAUGGAAGUUCUGGGACGGCACGGCAGCCACGAUCUGUGUCGCAGGCACGGUCUUACAUCUCUUUAUACACAGUAUAAGAAUGAUAUAG